AUGCGUUCUGCCAAAGCUGUCGUCUCCGAGAACCUCGCGCGUUACGGGAAGACGGGCCCCAACAUGUCGUACGGGGGGUCGCAAUCGGCGCAUACUCUUACAUCGCUCAAGCGAUGGUCGGUCGCAAACGCGGAAUUACCUGCGGUCUCCCAAAUUAAAUCCAUCCAUGUGUAUGACUUCGACAACACUUUAUUUCAGACUCCGUUGCCAAACCCACAGCUAUGGCACGGAAGCACCAUUGGCCACCUGCAAUCGGAAUUCCAUUUCGCAAAUGGUGGGUGGUGGCAUGAUCCGAAUAUUCUCUCUGCUACAGGGAAGGGAUUGGAAGAUGAGGAGGCACGAGGAUGGAAGGGUUGGUGGAAUGAGAACAUUCUCCACUUGGUAAAGCUCAGCAUGAAGCAGAAGGAUGCUGUUACAGUGCUCUUGACAGGUCGAAGUGAAGCUGGCUUUGCAGAGCUAAUCAAACGCAUGGUGGCAAGUCAGAAGCUGGAAUUCGAUUUGAUUGGCUUGAAACCUGAAGUUGGUCCAAAUGGACACCGGUUUAGCUCGACUGCUGUCUUCAAGAACAAUUUCUUUGAAGACUUGAUCCUCACUUACGACCAGGCUGAUGAUAUCCGGGUAUAUGAGGACCGUCCCAAGCACGUGAAAGGCUUCCGUGACUAUUUUGAGGACCUGAACAGAAGGUUACAAUCUGGGCAAUAUGCGCCCCGCAAACCCAUCAAUGCCGAGGUCCUCCAGGUAUUUGAGGGAGCUACCUUGCUGGAUCCAGUUACUGAAACUGCCGAAGUGCAGCGCAUGAUCAACUCGCACAAUCUUGCUCUCCGCAAUCCAUCCUUGGGCAGGUUCAAGGGAACAAGGCAUUACAUGCGCAUUAAGCGUACAAUCAUCUACACGGGUUACCUCAUCUCACAAGAUGACUCAAAGCGCAUCAUCGAUGAAGUGCUGAAUUCACUUCUUCCCAAUGGACUUGCUGAGUCGAAUGAUAUCAAGUACAUGGCUAACAACAUUCUGAUUGCCCCUCGCCCAGCCCCGCACUCUGUCUUGGACAAGGUGGGUGGUAUCGGAAAGAAAGUAAAAUGGCAGAUUACUGGAACAUCAGUGCUCGAGAAUAGGGUUUUCGCAGCUCGUGUCGCACCGAUUCCGUCAAAUGAGCAAAUCUACUCUGAGAAUCCGGUGCCUCUGAUUGUUUUGGCAGUUCGUAAGGGAGCCCGGCCAGUCGAAGCAUCUAGAAUUACAAACUGGCAACCGGUGCCAUCCAGCCAAGCGCUGCAAUUUGACACAGUGGUCGGAGAAAAGGCCAUACUGCGCAUUGAAGAUGACGAGAGAGGCGGGGCUCCAAUUGCACCCAAGCAUCCCAAGAAACGCUACGCACAGGAUCAGUAUGAAGAUGAAUACUCCCAACCAACUCACCGCGACAGCUGGGAUAAAUCGUCCCACGGCUUCCAUCCUUACCAGCGACCUACUGGAGAGAACCACGGAUCUUACGACGAUAGUAAUACUCGUCGUGGAGCUUACCGGGGUCGGGGGCGUGGAAAUGGAAAUGGACGAGGUCGAGGCUAUGCCACACGCGGUGCUCGUGGCCGGGGUCGUGGUGGCCGUGGUGAUUCCAGCUCAAACCCUCAUUAUAAAUCACUAGAUGACUACAGCAAUGGGUAUGAUGGGCCUCAGGAAAGCAAGGGUGGUAAUCACAACAGCAGUGGAUACUCCAUGGACUACUGA